AUGAAGACCUUGAACACAGCUAUACUAUUUACUAUUCUGAUGGGCAGUGCCCUCGCAAAACUAGUCGGCUACGGAAUAUGGCCCUACAAGCCAGUCUGCGCCUUCGCAUGCCUGCGCGCCCUAUCCGGCUACAUGCUGACCUGCUCCUCCGAGAUGGAGAUGCACGGCGGCAUGCACUCGCACGGCAACGCCAUGACGAGCCCCCAGUGCCGCGCUGAUGAUACCUCCUGGCUGACCACCCUUGCUUACUGCGCGCAGACCAAGUGCGCCGCCGAGCCCGGCGGCGUGCCUAUCUCAGAGCUGGAGGGCUUCUGGGAGGCGCAGAGCACCGAGGAUCCGGCUGUCCCGCCGAGGUGGACCUUCUCGCAGGCGGCUGCCAAUGUGACUGAGCCCCCGGGGCGGGAGCUUGGUCCUGAUGCGGAUGCUGAGACUCUUAACUUCACGGCGCUUGUGAAUCCGGAGGCGUAUGCGUCUCAGUAUAAUGCUAUGUUCGCGGUGCAGCGGGAGACUGCGGUGGAAUCCAGCUACGGGAUCGCUAUCCUCGUAACGGGAUUUGGUACACCAUUAAUGCUCACAGGACUGGGAUACGUGCCCUACAUAUCGAGUCUUCUGGACAAAAUCCGACCCUACGUUAUCUACCCCAGCCUGGUAGGCACCUACCAGGUCCGCUCCCUCCCAUACCUCCUCGGCAACGCCCCCACCGUCGGACAGAGCCUGUACAUCGCCACAUUCAGCCUGCUCGUCCUCAUCCUCAGCGCAGUCGACUACAAGUCCAUGCAGCCGCACGCCUGGUACCCGGACCCGCGCGACGAGGUCCUCGCCUACGUCUUCUACCGCACAGGCGUCUUCGCCUUCGUCAUGGCGCCGCUGACGUACCUCUUCUCGUCGCGCAACAACGUCCUGCUCUGGGUUACGAACUGGUCGCACUCGACCUUCCUGCUGCUCCACAGAUGGGUUGCCCGCCUGUUCGCCCUGCUGGCGAUGUUGCAUACGCUCCUGGCGCUGCCGCUUUAUUACCCCGCUGAGGCGACGCAAGAGUAUUGGAUCUGGGGUGCUGUAGCGACUGUGGCGCUCGUGAUCUUGGCGGUUGGCAGCGGGUUAUAUGUGCGACGAUUUUACUAUGAGUUCUUCUUGAUUUCGCACAUAAUCCUUGCCAUGUUAGUCCUGGUAGGCGGCUGGUACCACAUAAAACUAUGGAUGCCCGACCUCGCAUGGGGCUAUGAGACGUGGCUAUACGCCGCGUUCGCAGUGUGGGCGUUCGACCGGCUGGCCCGGCUCGCACGCGUCCUCAGAAACGGGACCCGCCGCUCCACGGUGACGGACCUGGGAGGCGGCUACGUGCGUAUAGAUGUGGCCGGUGUGCGCUGGGGUGCGUACCCGGGCAUGCACGUAUAUGCCUUCUUCCCAACGCUUCAGCCGCUGCGCCCCUGGGAGAACCAUCCAUUCUCGGUGGUCCCCACAGCGCUGCUGCGCCCGCGGGGUCUUGCGCCCGGCUCUGUCUCGGAGGAGGAUGAUUCAAAGGUUGGGCCGGGAAACCAUGAUGCGGAGAAGGGACAAGGAGUCGCUGCGCGGGUGCGCGCCACCCCGGCGCCGCGGCUGGGAAGCAGCUCUACGGCAGCGGGGGUGACGCUUUAUGUCAAGAAGUCGGCUGGCAUGACCAAGUACCUAGAGGCGCACGAUGGCCUGCUUACGCUUCUCGACGGGCCGUACUCCAUCAAAGUGGCGGCGAGCAUAUUGAAAUGUGAUCGUCUCCUGCUUAUUGGGGGCGGCAUUGGCAUUACGAGCCUCAUCCCGUGGACGGCAAAUCACAGCAACGUCAAGCUUUGCUGGAGCGUCAAGGAGUCGGCACGGUGCUUGGUUGAUGAACUGGACGGUGCUUUUGACAGGGUCGUCGAUAGGACAGUGGUCGUCGGGAGCAGACUGGAUGUUGUUGGUUUGUUGGCACACGAGGUCGAGUGUGGAGGGCGGAAAGUUGGCAUUGUUGUAUCUGGUCCUGGCGGACUUUGUGACGAUGUCAGAGCCGCUGUUAUUGCUGCUGGGCGGAAACAGUCUGCGACUGUGUUUGACUUGGAGGUUGAUGCGUAUACUUGGUAG